GCAUUUGGUCAGGCUUACUCUACCCAGCGUAAGGUUGCCGAGGAUGGGGAAACCAAUGAGGAGGCCCUACUACAAGAGUCUGCCACCAAGGAGGCCUACUUUAUGGGACGCCUUCUGGAGCUCCAAUCUGAGCUCAAGCACAGCCGGACCACUGCCUCCAACACACAGGCUCACAAUGAGCACCUGAGUAUGCUGCUGCAGGAGCUCAGGGAGCAGAGUCAUGAAAUGUUGGAGCUGCAGCGGAGUCGAAUGCAAGAGGAGAUCAGGGAGUACAAGUUUCGGGAGUCACGGCUUCUUCAGGAUUACACAGAGCUGGAGGAGGAGAACACCUCUCUGCAGAAGCUGGUGUCAACACUAAAACAAAGCCAGGUGGAAUAUGAAGGCUUAAAGCAUCAGAUCAAGGUUCUGGAGGAGGAGACGGAGCUCCUCAACAGCCAGUUACAGGAUGUGUUGCGCCUGAAAGACAUCUCAGACACUCAGCUGGAGGAGUCCCUGGAGUCUCUGAAGAGUGAGCGUGAGCAGAAGAAGCACCUGCGUCGAGAGCUGCUCCACCAUCUCAGCAUGUGCGACGUGGCGUACACUGGCAGUGCUCAUCUAAUGUUCACCUCUGCCCCACCUAGUGGCAGCGCCACCCCAACAUCUCUGACAUCACCUGGUGUAGAGGAGCCCACAAGGUGUAAUGGUCACCAACAUGGUGGGACAGUGGUGGGGUUGGUGCCCAGGCCUAAUGGAGAGUGCUUUGAACCGGGUCAGACAGCGAAGAGUGGAGCUACAGCUGACCUCUUUAGUGAGAUCAACUUGACAGAGAUUCAGAAGCUGAAACAGCAGCUGGUGACGGUUGAAUGUGAGAAAGUAGCUGUGAUGACCAGCCUGCAGGAGUCCCAGACUCAGCUGCAACACACACAAGAAGCCUUGAUGGAGCAGCAUGAGAAGGCCCGCCGACUCAGCCAGAAAGUAACAAAUCUCCAUCGCCUACACCUUCAGGGGAACCAGGAGUUUCCAGCCGCUMUCAUCUCUUCACCUAACUCUGAAACCCUGAUGGAGCUGGAUAGGGAGGAGGAGACCAUAGACAGAGCAGAAAGUGAGACACUGAGUAAAAGUCUUUUUGUACCACAUGCCUGGUCUGGAGAUCCUGCAGUGUAUUGUGUGGCUGUUACAGAGGUGGUGGAACUUAAGGCAGAGAUGAAGGCCCUCAGAGAGAAGCUAGCUCAGCCUGAUGAGGGAACACCUGAGGAGAAACCAGGCCAAGGCACUGAGCUCCAGAAGGUAGAGAGGCAGGUCAUCUUGGAGAAGAUCUGUCAUGAGAGACAGGAGAAGAUAUCUAAGCUUGAGUUGGAACUGCAGGCAGCUCAGUCGACUGCCAGGGAGAGUCAGGGGGCUUUGAAUGCAGCUCAGGACGAGCUGGUGACCCUGAGRGAGGAGCUUGCACAGCUCUAUCAUCACGUGUGUUUAUGCAAUAAUGAGACGCCCAACCGUGUCAUGCUGGAUUACUACAGACACGGCAGAGGGCUUCGGGGCCACAGCGCCAGUCUCAAAGCCAUGUCAUCAGACAACAGCAAAGUUCUUCUUACGCCACGCUUAUCCAGGCGGCUAGCUACUGUCACUUCAACAACCACUUCUCCUAGAGAAUCCCGAAGUCCCUCUGCAUCUCCACUCAAAGAACCUCUGCCUCAGGAGGGCAGAAAAGAUGAGAAGGAGGUGGACAGAGAGGAUCUUCAGGCAAUAUGUGAGGAAAGUGCACCCCCCUUCACACCCCCUACCUGCUCACCCAGUAUAAGUGCCUCUUCAUCUUCAUCAUCUUCUUCAUCGCCGGCCCUGGAGCCUCUGGGUGAGCUGCGCAAGGAGCCCAUGAACAUCUACAACCUCAAUGCUAUCAUUAGAGACCAGUUGAAGUACCUCCAGCGAGCAGUAGACAGAUCCUUACAGCUCUCCAGGCAGAGAGCUGCAGCAAGGGAAGUGGCCCCUUUUCUGGACAAGGAUAAGGAGAGCUGCAUUGAAGAGAUCCUAAAGCUCAAGUCCUUACUCAGCAGCAAGAGAGAGCAAAUAGCUACUCUUAGAUUGGUCCUCAAGGCCAACAAACAGGUGAGAAGAAAAACUUGCUUUUGUCAUGAAUGAAGGGCUGAAGAAAACUGACCAGUCUAGUAUAAAAAGGUUUAUGUCAUGAAAAUGAUGUAGCUCUAAGACAGGGGUUCUUAACCUUUUUGACCUCGGGGCCCAAUUUAUUGAACAUAAAGUG